AAUUUGAAAGCAAUAGCCAAACAUUAGAACAAUGAAAGUCGUUACUGUUAUUUGUACCCUCAGUUUGAUUGCAGCCACAUGGGCAGCUCCCCAAGCUCGCAUUGUGGGCGGUGACGAUGCUGUUCCAGGGCAAAUUCCCUAUCAAGCGGCCCUCUCCGUUGGUGGAUUGUACAACUGUGGUGCUGUUAUCCUUAGUGAACGCUACGCCUUGACUUCAUUGCUUUGUGUAUGCUCUGCUGGCAGUGACAAACCCUGGCCCCCACAAUUGUUUAGAGUUAUUGCCGGCACCACCGAUCUCUAUACCGGAGGUUCUCGCAUCACUGUAGAAGAAAUCACCGUCAACGCCAACUACAAUGAUUUGACCACUGGCAUUGCCUUGUUGAAACUUUCUGAGCCUUUGGUCUUCUCUGAUUACAUUAAAGCCAUUCCCUUGGCUGAAAGUAAUCCUCCCGUUAAUGCUGAUGUGGAAAUUUCCGGUUGGGGUCGCACCAAGGAAGGUGAGGACGAUAUGCAUCGCGCUCUGCAAAUCAAUGAUGCCACUGUCACAGAAGCUGCCGAAUGUGCCCGAACUUUGGGUCGUGCUGAUCCCGAUGUCAUUUGCUUGGGACAUCCUCGCAAGAAUGGUAUCUGUCGUGGUGAUUUUGGUGGUCCAGCUGUUUAUGAGGGCAAAUUGGUUGGUAUUGCUGCCUCUGUGGUUGGCGAAUGUGGCAGUAUUUUGCCCGAUGUUUUCACAAGUGUAGCUUCCAAUUAUGAAUGGAUCAUGCAACAAAUGGGACUUUAA